GUCAGCAGCGUCUCCACACAGAUUUUCACCGGUGGAAAGUGCCGCAGCUCCGUCCCUGCAGGAGGAGGUCUGAACCUGGCUGAAGAUGUCCAGUGAAAAGAGUCUAGAGGUGGUGGGGUGCGACGCCUCCAUCAUGAAGAAUGUUUGGGAGAUCAGAAUGAGGGAAUAUGGACUGAGGAUGCGUCUGGAGCAGGAGCGUCUGGAGAAGAGCGCUCUGCCCAUCAUCAACAAGGACUGGGCGGAUCGCAUGACUACCAAGACGGGAAAAAACAAAAAAGUGGAGAGAAAAGCUAAACCUUCUGAUAGUCAAACAGACGACAAUGUCUGGAAGAGCAAGCAACCACUGGUUCCUCAGGCAAUUCCUCCUGGUAGAGGUUCUGGUCCCUGUGGCAGACCAGGAUUCCCGGCAAGAAGCUUUUCUGCUCCAACCUCAAAUCUCAAGGACAAAAAAGGGCAAGACAAGAUUUUCAACAAACUACAGUUACUUAUGUCAGUCACUCAAACUCAGCCUUCAUCCCUGGUGUGGGGUAAGGCUUGGAAGUUCAACAAGUCUUUACCAUCACCAGCAGAGGGCUACAGUGGAAGCACUGACUGGGGGCAGUGUUGGAUGUUUGCCCCCUAUCAACCUCAUUCCGAAGAAGGUAAGCCUUGGCCACAUGAGCCCAAACUGGUGAAUCCACAAAGUUUUUAUCUCUGGAGAAAAGCCUGUUACAGUAUAGUUGAAUCACAGCAGCUAGACCAGAAUAUACCCACUGAAGAAUGGCAAACAUCCUGGAAAAGAUUCAAUAAAAUCAAGAAGGAUUCUGCUGAAAAUGAUGAGAAAGUCUUCAAACAUGGAUACUUCACUUCACUGGUGGAAACCCAACACCGAAAUGAAAUCUUGAGUUCACUAGAGUGGAGUGAUUCAUGGAUGUCCACCAAGACAGCAGACCAGCAGGAUUUGAGCACUGCUCCAAAAGAAGGUUUAUUGAAUGUGACUGUUGUUAACAACAAAGAUGUGGAAAGAGAAGGAAGUCCAGAGUGGGAGGAAUGUUGGAGGCUUCUCAACCACCAUGGCAGCAACAGUUCCAAGCUUCCUCAUCAUCAAAAAGAUCACAGAACAACAGCAGCUGCCUUCAACAACCAACAGAGUUACUCUCAGAACUACGAUCAUGGCCGUGGCUUUGACGAUCACACCUUUGCACCUCAUACGAGAGACCUUCAGUUCUACAAUAAAUUUAAAGCAAUUAACGACUGGAACAAGUCAUGGGAGAUACUAAAGAAUAACUCAAAACCUUGUGCAGAAAUAGAUAAAGUCCUUAAAACCUUACCGUCAAAGAUGGAUGUUGAGACUCAAAGGGUGGAGAAGAUUCCUCAGGUCAAUAACUCAACAGAGAAAGUAGACCCACGGCUCGAGCAACUAAGACACAAUGUGAUACAUCACACAAAGAGCGAACUAACCCAGUCAAAGCUACGUCUUCUGAAGCACCUGCAGAAAAUCCUGCUACCUUCAGAAUGGAGGGAUUCUUGGAAGGUAAUAAAACACAGAAUGAGACAGGAGAGGAGAAGGUACAAGCUGGAUCCUCUGAAGCCUUUCAGAGAGUCUGAGAAAGGGGAAGACUUAAAGCCCAAUGCUUCAGAGUGGAAAGACUCCUGGAAGUUGACCUGCCUGCCUCUGAAUCUGAACCCUGAGCUGUGGCAGCAAGUUUGGUCCACCACAACACAAAUCCGGGUGAACUGGGAGAGGCACCAGAAUGAGAUUUCAGUGGAAGAAUUUCCUAAAAAUGGCCCAACAACUGAGCAGAUUUGGGGAGAAUCCUGGAAGUUCUCAAGGUACCAGCAUCGAUCAGAACCUGCACAAGGCAAGGAACAAGUCGGCAAAGGGAAGUCAAGUGUUCUUCAUAACUCAAAGAAACAUGAAGCUUGUGCCAGGUCCAUAUCAGAUUGGCAAAAUGCUUGGAUGGUCACAGAAACUCAGCUGAGUUAUGACAAACCCUCUUUUGCACUGUGGAGGGAAGCUUGGAAGUGUUCCAUCAACCACACACCAAACUGGACUGGUCAAGUACCUACAGAGAAGUGGGUGGAUGAGUCCACUGAAAUCCAACACCCAAAACGUAUAAAAGGGGCUGAAGCCAAAAUGAGCAGCUCAUUUGACAACAAGAUAUUUUACCUUGAGAAAGACUGGAGCUCUUCAUGGACUGUUAAAUCCCUUCUAAGCUACCAGCCAAGCAAAAGUAUCUUAACUCAGCAGCAACAUCCCAUUAUGAGUGAGUAUGGGUGUAAAUGGGGAAAAUCUUUCAGGGUUGCCAACCCAAUGCCCCAACUGGUUCAACCCUGGAAGGAGUCUUCCCAGAACCCUGGUUACUACCUGGUUUUAUGGUCAAGAAGAAAUAAGAAACAAAACAACAACAAAUCCAACCUAAACAAAAGCUUUGCAUCUGCCACAUUGUGGGCAACUUCCUACCGAUUCCUGCAGAAUCCCAAAGCUCAGUUUAAAGACAAAACUAUGUCCAAAGAUCUCAGUGAUCCAAGGGUGAUUUUUACAACAAAGAUCAAAACAACGAAGCAUUUAUACUAUGACAAGGAGAAGGAGAAACAGUCCAAGAGGAAAUGGGCAGGAUGCCAUCUCCUGGGUAAAACCCAACUUCCUCUUAAGAAAGGGCGUGGUUCAAACAACAAGCCUAAGCCUGAAGACAGUUUCAAUAAGAAUUUCCUGGAGGAAUGGGGGGAGUCUUGGAGGUUCCUGGUCCGUCCUGAAAGCCUAAAGAAACAGAUAAGCUUUAAGCCUCUCUUGGGUUGGGAUGGGUCCUGGAAGUUCCUCCUUCCACCAAACCACAAAUGACCUAAAGGCAAAAUAUAUAAUAAUAUUUUAUUUGCAUUUUAUUUGCAUUUUGUCCAUGAAAAUAAGAAUUAAAUUUUUGAUCGAAAGCUAACAGCAGCUAUGGAGGGUUUGCUUGAGACAAAGAAAUCAGAACAACAAUGUAGUUUGGAAUAACGGUUUAUGGAAAAAGGCAAAAGGAAGAUGGAUAAGCAUGCUAGGAGGAAAACUGUAAGUGUAAUGUAGCAUUUUAAUAUGAGAAUAUUAUAAUACUUUGAGAAAGAGAAAGCACCGAUGUUUAUGACGGUACAUGACAUUGUCUGAUAAUGAAAGUGAAUAUAAUGCCAAUUUCUGUUUCUUGAUUAAAGGAGUAAAAACAAA